GCUCCACAUGCUGUGACUCCUUCACUCUCCGAUCACAUCCUCCCUGCCCUCUGCUCUGCACUGGGUCUGUUUAUUCUGCUGUGCGGACUGUGCACCCUCUGCAAGAGAAGGAAGAAAAGGAGGAAGAGGAGGAUGAGGAAUGUCUGUCCCAAUGGGGUGGCCCUUGUGGAUGUGACCCUGCUGCGUCAAACCCAGCUUAGAUCUCUCAGCAAAUCCGACACCAAACUCCAUGAAAUAAAAAAGCCGCGUUUGGGAGACCCCCAGCUUCGGCCCGUGAGCAUGGACCCAUUGUACCACUCUCCGAACUGGCAGCACCCCGCCGCUACCGCCGAAGAAGAUGCCACCUACUCCAACCUGAACUACACCCCUGAACCCCUAAAGAGCUCCCUGUACGAGUGUGUGGGCUCUCGGUCAGAGAUGGAUAGCACACUGAACGAGUCUCAAGCAGACGAGGUAACGGCUGAGUACGCCGUUGUAUGCAAGAUGAAGAAGGGGGUGAACAUGGGGGUGCAGGAAUCCAGGAAGGAGAAAAAUACCCAGACACAGAAACCUUCGGAAGAGCCCGUUCUUCCACAUAGGCCGGACGACCUUGAGAUUGAAGCCAUGUACUCUAAAGUUAACAAGAAGAAGAAGACGGUUAGAGAUGACCCUCGAGUCUCGACAAAUCCGGGUUUUGAGCAACUUCCACCAAUCAAGAUGGCCGAAGUAAAUGAAACCAAUCAGGGCUCUGUAAUGGCGGUUCUGGAAAGCCUCCCACAGCUGGCACCCCCCCCCCUGCUCAGCCUGAAGAGAAUUUAUACGAGAGUAUAUGUGAGAUGAGCAGCCAUCACUGA